GUUUGUGUGACCAACCCCUGUGACCCCGAUCGGUACUGUAUCGCUAGCUAGCUAGCUGUGGGGUCGAUGUGUUUUGUUUCCCUUCGAAUUUUCACGGAAAACGCACCCUUCACUUCCGCUCGUUGUUCAGUGGACGUGAACACGACAAUGAUCGCUGAUAAAUAACUUGUUUUGAGUGGGGAAACAUCGGGUGAUUUGGAGGGAACUAGCAUUCGUAGGUUUGAAUUUUGUGAAGAAGGACUUGAAAUCGAACUCAUGCGUGGUUUUCAUUGACACACGCACAGCGAGUUAGCACCAGCAGCUGCAGCACUCAGCACGUUCACGGCUGUCAAAAUGGCCGCUUCAAAGAAGAAUAUUAAAAACCUGACGCUGCCUGUCAAGCCGGAUGACUCUGCGCCGUCAAAUGCUGUCAACAAUUCCAGUGCCUCCAUGGCGGCCAUCGCCAAGAAACUGGCAGAACUGGAGCUGGACGAGACUCAGAUAGAGAGGAUGAAGAUCUUCCUGACCAUGAAGGAGAAAGUCUUGGCUGUCGGCGAGCUGACCGGGGACGACUUUGAGAAGUUAGAGGAACUAGGGGCCGGCAACGGGGGCGUGGUCACCAAGGUACUACACAGACCCAGCCAGCUGACUAUGGCCAGAAAGCUGAUUCGUCUAGAAAUCAAGCCAGCCGUCAGGAACCAGAUCUUCAGGGAGUUGAAGGUACUUCACGACUGCAACUCUCCCUACAUAGUUGGCUUCUAUGGAGCCUUUUAUAGCGACGGGGAGAUCAACAUCUGCAUGGAGCACAUGGAUGGUGGCUCUUUGGAUUUGGUCAUGAAGAGGGCAGAUCACAACAGAAUACCAGAGAGAAUCCUGGGCAAAGUUACAGUUGCGGUUUUGAGAGGUUUAAAUUACCUUAGAGAAAAACAUGACAUCAUGCACAGAGAUGUCAAGCCCUCCAACAUUCUGGUCAACUCCCGAGGAGAGAUCAAGAUGUGCGACUUUGGAGUGAGCGGACAGCUCAUUGACUCCAUGGCCAACUCGUUUGUUGGGACGCGGUCCUAUAUGUCUCCUGAGCGAUUACAAGGUAUCCACUACACAGUCCAGUCAGACAUCUGGAGCAUGGGUCUGUCGUUAGUAGAGAUGUCCAUCGGGCGCUACCCGAUCCCCCCGCCGGACGAGAAGGAGAUCUGUCAAAUCUUUGGCCGGCCGUACGACAGCUCGAAGGCUAGCAGUAAGCCACCCGGCAGGCCAAUCAGCACAUUUGGGGAUGCUCCACGGUCCAUGGCUAUCUUUGAAUUACUGGAGUGCAUUGUGAAUGAUCCACCACCUAAACUGCCAUCACAAGAGUUCUCACCAGAAUUUGUAGAUUUUGUAAACAAAUGCUUAAUUAAGAAUCCACAAGAAAGAGCAGAGCUCAAAUUCCUCAUGGUUCACACCUUCACCAAGAAAUCAGAGACAGAAGGCGUGGACGUAGCCAGCUGGGUGUGUAAGACGAUGGGCCUCCGGAAAAUGGGCACCACGCGCAAGUCGGUCAACUCGGCACACUAGGCCUUCCGUCAUCGUUCAUAGGGUUUAUCAAAGGACCAGUGGUAGCAUGUCAGCCAGCCCAGGACUUCUCAGUAGCUUGCCUCCCCCUUUGAAGGGUCGGUUCAACGCAAACGUUGAAUUUGUGACAUCAUGUCAAGUAUUUGAGGUCCGAAUUCACAAUAUUUGAACACAUUUCAACUCGGGUGAUUUUCACUGGGAGUUAUUCUUGACCGCAAAUUUGCUUCGCGUUUGUAUUUGUGUAAAGUGCAAACCGGCCUUUCUUUCUUGUAGUAUUUUUUUUUUUUUUUUUAAUGUUUUUUUAGGCCACAGGCUUUCUUGUGUUUGGGCAGUGUUCCUCAGUCCAGGGUUAAGUCCGAGUCAAGUCCGUACUUGAGCCUAUUUUUUUCGACGCACAGUUUUUGUCGCUGCAUGAAUUCGGACCCAGUAGUGUUUGUUUAAUGUUUCAGGUGUGAGAUACGUCGGAAUUGUUCCUGAUAUCAGGUGUUUUUUUUUAAAUCCCUGUCCAAAUCUGGAAUUCCUGAGGUUUUACCACAAAUGUGUUUUAUCUAUAUAAAAGAUUAUAUAGCUCAAAAGGAAUGGCUAUUUUAAUGGGUCCCUUUAGGCAAAUACAAGCAUAUACCCCAGACCCAGUCCUUCUGAUUUGAGGCGUGCGAUCACACCCCCACGCCAUCACACACCUAAAAGCUUCCUGUGAAGUGCGAAUAAUUGCACCCCUGAAUUUCCCUGGACCACAGAAUCACACACCUAGAAAAUCACACACCUAGAAAAACCACACGCCUAGAAAAUCCAGGUGUGCCUUUUUCCACACGCCUGUGAUUUUCAAAUCAGAAGGACUGUAGACCCUACGUUGCUCUGGGGCCCACGGUAAGUCUCAAACCCUCUGGUGAUUAUUUCAUGGAUAUUUCAUUUUCACCAAAUCACCAAAAGAUUUUUUUUUUAGAUGUACGUGUAAAAUAACUAUUAUCAAAACACUUGUUUAGUUUGUAGGAAGAGAAAAGGAGAGACUACAUGUAUAUGAGGAAUGGUGAAAUUGGUAUCAAAGAAAGGAGAGAAAAAAAAUCAUGAACUACAUGUAGACAAAUAUAGAAGCAGCUUGUAUAGAUGUUUAAGUUAUAUAACCUAUAUAUGUUACAGUAACAUGGACUAUAAUAACAUUAAUGAUAACAUGAAAGUAUGUGAAGAAAAGCCGAUAAGUUUUUUAAACAGAAUUUUGUUCUCUUUAUUUCAUUGGAAACUUACAGAUUUCUGUGAAUGUAUUACGACAGCAGUGAUAUUUACAUAUGUAGCAGUGCUUCCCAAAAAACGGCGUUUGUGGUACAAAAUGUGAUGCAUUUAUUGGAACGUUGUUUAGCUUUGUAGUUUAGCUCGAGAGCACUGUUAACAAUUGAAGAAAAGUUCAUCCCAAACCCUUCAAAACCCACGUUUUGAAGCAUUUUGUAGGGUUGAGGAAAGUAGAGCUUUAGCCUUGGCCUGGCCACAAUUCUUGGCAUGGGGCUUUAAUCCUAAAAGGGCCGGGUAAUUUUUUUUUCAAAGUUUUUAAGUACAAAGAAUGUGUACUUGGGAACCUGCAUAAUGGUGGAUUUUGGAGGUUUUGAUAAUGUUCCUGGCAAAAAAAAGACCAAUUUAGUAUUGUCUUAAUAUUACACUUCAUACAUAUUCAUGAACCAAACAUGCUUUUCCCAUUGGUUAAUGCUCCAAUGCAGUGAGGUAGCUAUCCCACUAUCGCAGUUUACAUACUACAUGUACUGCAUAAACCAAUCCGUAAUACUAGGGACAUAGGACACCGAGAUUGGUUCCCAGUCUCCAAAGUAUUCAACAGUAGUAAUAGCAAGUGAGUUUGCCAGUGGAACCAUACUAAAAACCUUUACAUCAUCAAAUGCAUUCUGUGGGAGGGAAUUACCACAGAAUUUGUUGGUCAACUUUUGACAAUGAGGUGAAUAUAUACGAGGUGUAAUAAAACAAAUAUACCAUGGAUAUCAGGCAAGUAGUGCAAAAUUACUGUAAUUUCGCAUUAUUUUCCCUCGUACCGCGUUGUAGGUGUAUGUGUUUUUAUACUGAAUGCCCCAAAUGGUAAUAUAAAUUCCAUAACAUUACUGGAGUACUCAAUUUAAACAAACAGUCAUUUGGGUUGCCCCACUUUGUAAUUAUGUGUGCCGUGUUCCGUGUUGUGGCCAUUUUGUUCAUCAGAAGUAAUACGGUCCACUUUUGCCCUCAUUUUUUGUUUAUUUAUGACAUGAAUGUGUACAUUGGAUGUGUUCAACCAGUAAAAGUUGUCUUGUAAAUACUAUGUGCCAUCAA